CACACACACAGUACCUGACAGAGUGAGCACUAAGCAGCAUCUUACUUGUUUUCUAUUACAUUGCCAUAACAACCGAUUGCACAACCAGCAUGGUACAAGAAAUAUACUUCCUCGGAGUAAGCAACCUGACCAAAGACUGAUGCUAAGCAUCUGCGUAUUAUGAAAAACGCUAGCUGAUAACAAGAGUGAUUUAAGAUACAUAAAUAACUCCCCGCACAGUAGCAUUGGCUGCACGACAGAAGAACCUAACAGGUGCAGACACUUCAAAAGAAGACAAAAACCCACAGCGUCCCGAACUGGUCUGUGCAGUUCUGCACAACUGCACAACUGGUCAGCAUCGAGGCGCGUCAUAUGCUAUAGAAGUAGAGCAUAAAAAGGAAAGAACAGGAAAAAAAAGAACGAAGGGCGGUGACAUAUCGAAAGGGAAAAUAAAAUAAAUCGCAGCUGUCAUCAAUUGGGUUAGUGUGAGCAGGAAGUCUCACAGCAGAAAGAGCUCGUGGAAGUAAAAUCGGAGCAGUCACAACAUUUCUUAAUCCUUUGCAAUGGCUCGGGAAAACGGAGAGACCAGUAACGUGUCAUGGAAAAAACACGUUGAUGAAAUCAAGAAGGUAUUUGAAUUCAAAGAAACCCUUGGAACUGGAGCAUUUUCAGAAGUUGUGCUGGCUGAGGAGAAGUCCACUGGGAAAAUGUUUGCCGUCAAGUGUAUCCCAAAGAAAGCACUGAAGGGCAAGGAAAGCAGCAUAGAGAACGAGAUUGCUGUUCUCAGAAAAAUCAAGCAUGAAAAUAUUGUUGCUUUAGAAGAUAUUUAUGAGAGCCCAAAUCACCUGUACCUCAUCAUGCAGCUGGUCUCAGGGGGCGAGCUGUUUGACCGAAUAGUGGAGAAAGGAUUUUACACAGAGAAGGAUGCCAGUACCCUGAUACGGCAGGUUUUGGAUGCUGUCAAUUAUCUACACAAAAUGAGCAUAGUCCAUAGAGACCUCAAGCCAGAAAACCUGUUGUACUUUAACCCUGCUGAUGAGUCCAAGAUUAUGAUUAGUGACUUUGGUUUAUCUAAAAUGGAAGGAACUGGAGAUGUCAUGUCAACAGCAUGUGGGACUCCAGGUUAUGUAGCUCCAGAAGUCUUGGCACAGAAACCCUACAGCAAAGCAGUAGAUUGUUGGUCCAUUGGAGUUAUUGCUUAUAUUCUUUUAUGUGGCUACCCCCCGUUCUAUGAUGAGAAUGACUCCAAGCUUUUUGAACAGAUUCUGAAGGCAGAGUAUGAGUUUGAUGCUCCGUACUGGGAUGACAUUUCAGAUUCUGCUAAAGAUUUUAUUAGCAGGUUGAUGGAGAAGGAUCCCAAUAAAAGGUAUACUUGUGAUCAGGCUCUACGACAUCCCUGGAUUGCUGGCGAUACAGCCCUCAGCAAGAAUAUCCACGAGUCUGUCAGUGCACAAAUUAGAAAGAAUUUUGCAAAAAGUAAAUGGAGGCAAGCCUUUAAUGCCACAGCAGUUAUCAGGCACAUGAGACGAUUGCACCUGGGCAGCAGCAUGGAGGGCUCUCACCACCAACACGCACAGACCAGCCCGCACCUAAACAGCCCCCCAACAGCCCCAACAGCUCAUAAAGAUUGUAUAUCCCCCUCCACUGCUUGUAGUCUAGCGUGUGCAGCCUCAUCCCCCUCCCCUGCCCUGUCUCCAGUAGGAGCCGAGCGGAAACCCAGACCCACCACAAUGACCACAGUGCAUACCGGAAGCAAGUGACCCACUCACCCUGCAGGGAACCAGAGGGGAAGUGACAUCACUGUGAGAUGUAUCCCGCCAUUCUCCUAAUGAUUUCACCCUGCCAUGUGCACUAAAGCCUGGAAGGACUGGAAGAGAGGAAGACUUUUUAUGGCCAUGUUUUAUACUGUAACUAUAAAUGAAUUUCAUGUAUCAUAGAACUUGCAUUGAACUCCAGUGUAUCCAAAUGGAUUUUUUCAGUAUCCGGUUCUGUGCAUAUCCAUUUUGAAACGUUCUGGUUUAAUAAGGGACAUUAGGCUUUCUCGGUGAUUUUGCAACAUGACUCCUGUGGCUUUGUACUGUUGUGUUUUUUUUUUUUUUUGUUUUGUUUUUUUGUUUUUUCUUCAUAAAUCAAAGUUAUAACUGGAAUGCCAAGUUCUGAAGUAUUCAUGUCCAAAGCUUUAUUCCUGGUUUUCCAAGCUUCCUAGAUCAUGACUUUGAGACAAAGAAAUGUUUUAGAAUUUAAGAAACUUCUGUGAAUUGCUUUUCAGUUGAUCAUUUUGGCAUGGAUUUUGAUGGCUUUCUGAGAAAAUAACACAUAGGUCAAUCAGUCAGACUUAGCCGUAAUUAGCAUUGGUUUGUAAGAAGACUGUAAAUUGAAAACAUCUUAAAUUACAGUAAUGGGGCUCUAGCUAUGCUUUAGUUGAUUUCUUAUAUAUAAAUCACUAUAACCAUUUCCUCCACAUAAUUAUACUAAUAGACACUUCAUUAAAAUCAGUAUGUGAAUAUAGAAACAAAUUAAGAUUUAACAUAGUAAACUUAGAAAAGCCUAAAUUAGAUGUUUUGCCAUCUUAACAAACCCCAGAACCUAUCAUUUAAAUAUGCUGUAACUGUGUCCCAUAUGCUAAAACAUACUAUUUCUGUUUGAAGAAGUAUCAGCUUUUUCCAAGGACAGACAGUUCUCAGGGAAACUAGUCAUUUGAAUCAGGUUCAUUAAAAUGAUCCUAUUAGAAAAGUGUAAAAACCUUGUAAAGGUUUACUGUGGUGUACAGUGAUAAAAGCAAAGGAAGGUAUAACAAGCAUUAUGUAUCACAGAUAAGUAUGGUAAAACAUGGCGAAAACCAUAGUUAGCCAUGAUAAAACAUAUUACAUGCAGACAGUAAUAUUAGUAUGGUAAAGGCAUGGCAAAAUGUAUGUUUUUCAUGCAAAUUUACCAAAUCUGCUGUUAUAUAUUUUUAUGUGCCAAAUACCUAACUUUGCUUAAAUUAAGGGCAUUGUAGCUCAUGAAACAAACAAACAAAAUCUGUAAAUCCAAGUCAGUCUUCACGUAUAAGAAAAUGUACUGUAUGAUUUAUUUCUCAUAUUAACAGAUUCCAUCUCAAAUUUGUUUGAAGUGUGAGUAGUUUUAAAGUUUUGAAUCUUUAGUCUUACUUACAUGAGUAGUGUCAGUCAGUUACUUAAUACUGCCUCUUACCAUUGGAUAACAUUCUGAUAACGAAGCCGGUAACAGUUUUUAAAAAUUACCAACAAAACAAAUAACAAUUGUGAUAAAGAUAAAAUGAAAUCAUUACAUACAGUAAUCAUAUUUUUAGUUGUUUGUAGCUUUUUAAAAAAUAAUUAAAUCUGUCCUUUUUUUUUUGUACAGUAAAUAUAAAGUUAUUUUAUUUGGAAGAUUAUUUUUGGUAGUUUGUUUCUGUUAGUUACCAGUUACUCCCAGAAUGCAGAUAAGUAGCAAAAAAAAGGCAAAAAAAGUAUUUUGUAUUCAAGCGACUACAGUGCUACUGCAGACAAGGGUUUGUAAUUAAAUACUGUAGGCAGGGACUUCCACAUCCAGGAUACCACUGGAAAGUUAGAAAUCACACAACAUCCUUUAAUGGGGUUUUUUUUUGUUGUUGUUGUUUUUGUUUAAUUUUAUUACAGUACAAUAUGCUGUUGGGAAUCUAGAACUUAAAAAAAGAAACAAGAAUUGGUAAACCAUAUCAUGUGUUAACAUCAGCCAUUAAACACUUAUGUGAUUUUUUUUAUUAUUGAGGGCACAGAAAAUAAAAACCAAAAAAAAAAAAAA